GAGAGAGAGAGAGAUCCUCCCCUUUCCUGAAGUCUUCUAUCUCUCCCUCCCUCUCUCCCUUUACAUUUCUUCCCCCUCCCAUUAUAUUGAAAUUGGCCGGGAAUUGAACAUGAUCACAGAACUACUGCUAGUGUCGCACCCUGCCGGAGUGCUCUACCUUGCUGGAAGCUGAAAUCAAGGACUGCAGAGGAGGCAGCAGCUCUCAACAGGGUUAAACAAGGACGGGAUUUCACAGUGUAUAUAUAUAUAUAUAUAUAUAUAUCUAUAUAUAUAUAUAUAGAUAUAUAUAUAUAUAUACAUAUAUGUUCAAGUGUAUACAUACAUGCACAGAUUGCACUUUUUUCUGAAUUAUCAAAGACUUUUUUGUUCUUUUCUAUUUGGACAAAGCCGCAUUUUGUAUUUUGCAAACAGUGUUUUGGCACUCAUUAUAAUGCUGUUAAGGGUUGAAUUUGGCGUGUUCUGGAUUUGUCUUUCGCUGCUUCAGCCGGCAUCUACAGUAAGCAAAGCUACUCAAGAUGUUGAUGAGUGUGUGGAAACACUGGAUAAUUGUAAUAUUGAUGCUAUCUGCCAGAACACCCUCAAAUCAUAUAAGUGCAUAUGCAAAUCUGGCUAUACUGGUGAUGGCAAACAUUGUGAAGACAUUGAUGAAUGUGACAACGAGUUCAAUGGAGGCUGCGUUCAUGAAUGCAACAACAUCCCAGGGAAUUACCGGUGCACAUGUUAUGAUGGCUUCAGGUUAGCUCAUGAUGGCCACAAUUGUCUGGAUGUGGAUGAGUGCGCCGAAGGGAAUGGUGGCUGCCAGCAGAUUUGUGUCAACAUGAUGGGGAGCUACGAGUGCCGUUGCCGGGAUGGCUUCUUCCUAAGUGAUAACCAGCAUACCUGCAUCCAGCGCCCUGAAGAAGGAAUGAACUGCAUGAACAAGAACCAUGGUUGUGCUCACAUUUGUCGGGAAGCACCACGUGGAGGAAUUGCUUGUGAAUGCCGACCAGGAUUCCACCUCACCAAGAAUCAGAGAGACUGCAAAUUGACUUGCAACUAUGGAAACGGGGGCUGUCAGCACACCUGUGAUGAUACUGAACAAGGCCCCAAGUGUGGCUGCCAUAUGAAAUUUGCUCUGCAUUCAGAUGGAAAGACCUGUGUAGGGGAAAGAAGUGCCCAGCAGCCAGCAGCGACACACCUGUUACCCAAUGAGACCUGUGCCAUCAACAAUGGUGGAUGUGACAGCACAUGUCAUGAUGCUCUGACAGGUGUCCGCUGCAGCUGUCCUGUUGGCUUUACCUUGCAGCCUGAUCGCAAAACUUGUAAAGAUAUUGAUGAAUGUCGUCUGAACAAUGGAGGCUGUGAUCAUGUGUGCAGGAACACAGUUGGGAGCUUUGAGUGCAGUUGCAAGAAGGGGUAUAAGCUGCUCACCAAUGAGCGCACCUGUCAAGACAUUGAUGAGUGCUCAUUUGACAGAGCCUGUGACCAUUCCUGUAUCAAUUCAGCGGGCAGCUUUGAGUGUCUCUGCCAUAAAGGGUAUGUCCUAUAUGGCCUUUCUCAUUGUGGAGAUAUUGAUGAGUGUAGCAUCAACCGAGGGGGAUGCAAGUAUGGCUGUCUUAACACCCUGGGCAGCUAUGAGUGCACAUGUCCAUCUGGUUACAAGCUCCACUGGAACAAGAAGGACUGCAUUGAACUGAUUAAAUGUGCACCUAGUUGGCUAUCUCCACGAGCAACUCUGAGCUGCAGCAAAACAGGCAAAAAGGACAGCUGUUCAUUAACAUGUGCCUCUAAAGCUCAUUAUUUUGCGGAAUCUGAUACCAGCUACACAGUAAGUUGUGGAAUUCCUGUCCUGCGUAACAAGAUUCCACAGAAACAAAAUAACAGCAAUCCACAAAGCUGUGUAGAGACUUUCACUCCACCAGUCAAGCAGAAGGCCUCAUUUAAGAUUAAAGAUGCUAAAUGUCACUUACACCCAAAAAUGCGGAGUAGACAAGAGGAGGCUAGCAAGCUCCUGGGAGCAGGUGGUGCUGUGCCCUGCAGUGACUGCCAUGUGACCUUUGUGAACCUCAAGUGCGACUCCUCUAAAAAAGCCAAGGGUAGGCGAGCCCGAAACCCCACCAAUAAGGAGAUCUCUCGCAUUACCCUGGAGCUGGAAGCAGAAGUCAAACCAGAAGAAAUUACAGCAACCUGUAACCUCCACUGCCUUCGACAGAGAAUGGAAAAACAGGUGAAAGCAUUCAUCAAGGCCCUGAAAAAAUCAAUUAACCAGGAACGCUUUUUGAUUCGUGUUGCUGGACUGGAAUACGAAGUAGCACAGAAACUUGCACGUGCACAUGAGCAUCAGGACUCUUGUGGGCCUGGUCGUGAAAGGGAUCAUGGCCGCUGUGUUAGAUGCUUACCUGGAUCGUAUUAUCAUGGAGAACAGGAGAAGUGUAUCCUCUGUCCCCCGGGAACUUUCCAAGAACGUGAGGGUCAAUUAGCCUGUGACCUUUGUCCAGGAAGUGAAGGCCAUGGUCCAGUUGGUGUUCGUAAUAUCUCUUCCUGUGCAGGUCAGUGUCCAGCCGGCUACCACUCACAUGAUGGCUUUAAGCCUUGCCUACCUUGUCCUCGAGGAACAUACCAGCCUGACCCAGGUCGAACACUUUGCUUCCCUUGUGGGGGUGGAUUGAGCACCAGGCUAGAAGCUGCCAGCUCUUUCCAUGACUGUGAGACUAAAGUCCAGUGUUCACCUGGACAUUACUACAAUACAACAGUCCAUCGCUGCAUUCGAUGUCCAUUAGGCACCUAUCAACCAGACUUCCGACAAAACUUCUGCAUCUCCUGCCCAGGCAACACCACUACAGACUUUGAUGGAGCAACCACAGUUUCUCAAUGUAAAAAUCAGCGAUGUGGAGGUGAUCUUGGGGAGUACACUGGAUAUAUUGAAUCUCCCAAUUACCCUGGAAACUAUCCUGCCAAUGUGGAUUGUACAUGGAACAUCAACCCACCACCUAAACGUAAAAUCCUCAUUGUGAUUCCAGAAAUUGUCCUCCCUUCUGAGGAUAUAUGUGGUGAUGUGCUGGUCAUGAGGAAGAACUCCUCUCCAACUUCAAUUACAACGUAUGAGACAUGCCAGACUUAUGAGAGGCCAAUAGCUUUUACAGCACGUUCCCGUAAGCUGUGGAUCAACUUUAAAUCUAAUGAAAUAAACAGCGCUAGGGGUUUCCAGAUCCCCUAUGUCACUUAUGAUGAGGACUAUGAGCAGCUAGUGGAGGACAUUGUUCGAGAUGGCAGGCUUUAUGCCUCUGAAAAUCAUCAAGAAAUCUUGAAGGAUAAGAAGCUGAUCAAAACGCUGUUUGACGUGUUGGCCCACCCACAGAACUACUUCAAAUACACGACCCGGGAGUCCAACGAGAUGUUGCCACGCUCCUUCAUCAAGCUGCUGAGUUCCAAAGUGUCCAGCUUUCUAAGACCUUACAAGUAACCAUGGAGCCAGGACGUCUGCACGAUGGCCAAGAACAACAACAGGAAAAAAAAAUUACAAAUUUAACUUUUUUUCAGCUUAUUAUACAUAACUCACUAUGCAGACUCCUUAAGCUUUUAGCUGCAACAAUUGAUUCAUUUCUUCACCUAAGACUUGUCCUUCAUGUAAGUCUAAGAGUUGGAGCUUAUGGACACCUGCCUGCUGCUUCAGUAUUUACCAACUGUUUCCUAUUUUGUUUUCUAUUUUUUUAUUCUACUAUCCUGAGUGGGUGUCUUCCUAACAACAUGCCCACUUAUGCAACCUUUUGUAUAUAAAACUGCAUUUGGAUGUUACAGAGUGACUUUGAAACCAAGCCAAAGCAAGUUGGAUUAUUUGUCUGUGGCACAAAGGCAGUGGCACAAAGUUAGGGAAGGGUUGGGGAAUGGGGUUUGGAGGGAGGUCAUUUUUUAAAGUGACUUCAAGCAUGGGAAGUGUUUUCAGCAAUUCUGUCAUGGACACCCCCUUGCAUUAAUUAUGCCAUUGCUUAAAACAGAUUUGUGGACGUAAGACUGCAAGAUGCGCUUUAUUUCGUGAAGGACGUUUCACAGAAUGUCUAAAUAUUUCUUUUUUUUAUUAUUUUUUAUUACUAUUUGAUGUUAAAAGUGACACUGUCUAAGUUGAAUAAUGUAAUGAAUUACAGGACGAAUGGGAUCUGCCACUUCAAAGUGCUGUAGAAGUGAAGCAUGGCAGAAUUUGAAUUGGCACUUCAAAGGAGUGAAAAGAUCUUUCAGUGUCCUUCCUCUCCUUGUCCAGUAACCCAGCUGGGUAGCAAUGAAUUAAACCAUUUUUUGCCACUCCAAGUGUGGUUGGGCAGCUACCUGGGAGUAAGGGGGAAUUCAAGCACAACAACAACAGAUUUGUCCAGCUUGCACACUAUUCAACAUCUUCACAAUUACUGGGCAAAAGGGACAAACAUUGCAGACCAUGUUCAUCAGCAACUCAAACUUCAUGCCUGCUUUAAAGCACACUAAAAUUAUUGAGGGUAUCAAGUCCAUAAUAACAAUAAUAAUGAUAACAACUAGAAUUCAGGCUUAGCACAAAGACCACAGGAAGGUAUAGUUACAUACAGUAUGCCUAUCAAAAAGCUGAGCUGAGUAAAGAUAUGAGCAGAAAAAACUUUUUUCCCUUUCUAUCUCUUGAAUUAUUUUUCCAUUUUUUUUCUCUAUAGGUUUCUUCAGUUUACAAAGAAAUGUUAAUGCACUAUAUGAGUACUUAAGAAAUGACCACACAAGUUUUAGUGUGUUUAAAAAAAAAAAAAAAAACUGCUUCCCCUUAUCUCACUUUUGAAUCGAGAUAGUGGAAAGACAGCAAGUGCUAAUUUGGCAUUUUGCAGGCACAUUACAAACACCCUCACCACCACCCCCUCACCUGACAAAAAAUAGUUUGAGCAGUCCUGCCAAAGAGUGGUGACAGCCAUUGUGUAGGUAUUUGUACACUGCAUCUUCUUCUUUCUUUUCAUUGUACGUGCAAUGAUCCUGUCCUACUCUAACAUAUUGUUUGUUUCUCUUGACUGUUUAUGACUACCAACAAUGUUGAAUUAUGAUCUUUCAUUUCUUUUUACAUUAGUAAAGCUUUUGGGAUAGAGUGAUUUCUUGGCAUCCCAUAGAAGGGGAAGUGAAACAAAAUGACAACACAAAUGGGAGUUCCUUCUGCUCAUGGAAGCUGUACAGCCCUGAUAUAAGGAGUUUAGUGUGGUGUAGCAGCUGCACUGCCUGAAUUUCUUCUGAUAAGUUUUGGGAACCCUGCUCCUAUUCCCUGUUUUCUUUAGCUGCAGCUUAGAAGAGUCUCCUGAUGGACCUACUUGCAGUAUGCAAAGGCAUGACCAGUGUUCUGUUGAAUCUAUAAUGUGUUCAGGAUCAUGGUUUGUGUAAAACAGAAACUUCAUCCUAGGACAGGAGGAUCAAAUGAUUUUGUUUUAUGUUUUUGUGUAUUUUUUGUUUUUAAUAUGUUUCCUAUGAUGUAUCAUAGAAUCGAUGAUGGUAUUUGCACUUGAAAAUUGUUAUUGCGCCUGUUAAAAAAAGAAAAUGGAUUUUGUAAUGUCUUUUUUAAUGAACAGAAUUGAUGUUGUUACACUAGCUUGUGGUCAGCAUGUUCACUUUGUCUGGAGUUGCAAGACAGAAGCUCCGUGUUUUUAAAUGAAAUAUUUUUGCUCCACUCAAGCCUGAGUUUCACAUCUCAUAUUCCAGCAGACCAAGUGACACAGGAUGGGCUGGAAAUGCAACCCUCUAAUAAACAUCAUAAAAAAAACAAGAACAACCAGCAUGGAAGAGCUGUUGACUUUGUAACAUGUAGAAGUGUGAUUAUUCUUUGGCCACAACUGGCAGUCACCACAUAAUCCAAUGUGCUACAAAAUUGCAACUCAAAGCACUCCCCAUAGAAAGUAUCUACCAGAAAGAAGAGGACACUGCGAAAAUACUAAUGGGGAAAAACAUGAAAAGUGAUGUCUCAAUAUGCUUGUGAUGUCUUAAUAUACAACAAGACACAGAAGUGCUUUCUUGUUCUUUGUUACAGUCAGCUAUGUUGAAAAAUGAAAGCACCUCUCCAACCCUGCAUCUUAUAGUACCAAUAGUACCUAUACAUAUAGAGCUGGUUGAAGGUCACCAGACAAGAAUAUGAAAGAUAAUUUUAAUGUUGUCUGGCUCGUUGCUGCUUACCAGCCCCAUGGGUUGAGUUUAGUUUUUUGCCUGGUCACUACCUACAUGACGUUUGCUUGUUCCCCUCAUGGUUGUGGUAACUUCCUCUGGGUAUUCAAGUUUUUAUAAUUCAUCUGGUUCGUGUAAGUAAAGAGGUAUGCUUGUGUGUGUGCCUCUGAAAUGGGCUGACUUUGAACCCAUGAUGUGGCUUCUCUUUUUUAAAUUUUUUUGUUUAUAUCCAAAAUUAUGUAUUACAAGAGAGGUAUCAUAACACUGAAACCAUACAUUCUAAAAAAAGGGAAAAAAGUCCAGUCAUAAAUAUGAUCGAUUCUGUGUGCCACAGAAAGAGUUAUCAUAAACCACACUAAAAACACCGCCCAUACCUCAAACAGCAAAUUAAUCAGUAAUAAUAAUUAUAAAAUUGUUACACAUCUUCAGAUUGAUUAAAAUAUCAGUUUAGCAGGAACAUCUGCAGGGGCCAGGAACACAAAUUAGAAUAACAUUAAUGAAUUCUUGCCUGAGUUAAACACGUUUUAACACAAAAAAUGACUUUCCCACUGAGUUAUGGAGGCUGCUUUAGGAUUCUUUCAUUUGAGCAAGACUAGUCAAUACACUAACAAUGUAGUGUAGGAAAUUAUGAUGAGCUUAUUGCUAGAUAGUCUAAUCCUGUUUGAAAUAACUCCAAACACUAUUGUAGUAGGAUUUGGGAUGAUCAUAAACCCUACACUGCCUGAUAAAUAAGAAAAUAUCUGUGCCCAAAAGAGGCUUGAAACACAUGGCUGUUUUAAAUGGUUUAAAUUCAUAAUUUUUUACUCACAUUUUUAGAUUAAUUUUGGAGUUGCCAAUGAGGGCUUUUGGCUCACAGAAAUCAAUUUUGAUAAGAAUUUAUAAUUUUGUUUGUUAAUAAACAUUUUGUAUAUCU